GCUCACGAUGUCAUGAUGAGGUUUUGCUUUGGCUUGUCAAGGGCUUUUGGAAAGAGAGGUUUGUUGUCAUUUUCUGACACGUUUUUUGAUGAUGGGAACAAUGUUCCAUGAAUCCACUGACAUGGAUCCGCUUGCUCACGAUGUCAUGAUGAGGUUUUGCUUUGGCUUGUCAAGGGCUUUUGGAAAGAGAGGUUUGUUGUCAUUUUCUGACACGUUUUUUGAUGAUGGGAACAAUGGUGACGGACUUUGGACCGAGCGAGUUGGGUUCUCAUCAGGAAGACGAGGUUUGAGCUUCCAUCUUCUGCAAAGCAAAUCAAAGCGAAGCAAGAUGUGGACGAGCCGGCGAAUGAUGGUCGUAGACGUGAUGUCCAUGCUGGCAUCAGUGACAAUUUGGUCGUUGCUUUUUGAGGGGCUGCAACCUACUUUCCUCCUGCAGAGGAUCUUCGGGCGACCUCCGAGUUCGGCCUGUUCGCCACAGGGCCUGCAAUGUCCAGGACUGGUCUAGUUCCGCUCUUUUUCUCUCUUUCUUUGUUAAAGAGGAAUGAGAGAAAAGCAGCGAAACUGGACCACAAAUAUUGGGUGCGAAACCGCUCGAGUGACUUUGAACGACUGGAAUAUGAUUUUGAUCUCCAUGAUUCUAUAUAUCACAAGCGCGUCUUUCCUCGACCCAGAAUCUAUUUGAAAUUUGGUAUUAGAUGCUUAUGGUGUCAUGCGUACAGCUGAGUCAGUACUGACUGCUAUGGAAUCGACUGAACGAGAGAAAUUGCUGGGAACUUUCUGUACAUCAUUUGAACCGUAGCCUGGAAGUGGAAUUUGUUUCAAGCUCUUCGUUUGGGUUCAUCGUUACAUGCAUUGGAGCAUUCAUUUCUUCUAGGUACUUCAGUUUGGCCGAUUCAAUACUCCUGGUCUAAUGGAUUUCUCUAUAUAUGAUAGAUAAUCAGUCGCGAAAACAAAGAUUUUUUUUUGUGCCGCGUCCUCCCGCGCCCUCAUCGAGAAAUCAUCAAGCUCAUAAACAUAGGCAAAGUGCCAUUUGAUGAGUAACUAAAAACAAGUACUGAAGAAGAUCAGUCAGCAUAUAUCUCGCGAAGCCGACUACGGAUGGGCUGAUGGGUAUUGCGCCCCUUAACUCGAUAAUCUGCAAG